AUUUUGAAUGGUCUUCAUGGAAAGACAAACGAGAAAAAGAAAAAUUCUGAACCUCAAUAUAUUAAAAAAUGAUGAGGCUUCUGCAGCAAAAAAGCUGGAGAAAAAGAAACGCAAGUUAGAACAUAAGAAGGAAAUAUUAAAAACAAGCCAUCCUGAUGGCAAAGAUCAAGUGGAUGAUGAAGUUAUAGUUGAAGAUGUGCUUGAUGGAGAAGAGCUUCAAAAGGAGGAUCCAUUUGUUCUUCAUGUCAGAAAUGAUCUGAGCCCACAGCUGUUGUCGUUGCUCUCUGAAAAACCAGCCAAUUACGAGAAAAGUAAUUGUAACUGGCCGAAACUAGGAAAAAUGAUCAUAUAUAAGCCUGCGUGUUCGCAAGAAGUCAAAACAGAAAAUAAAUUGGCAUUAGAGGAGAACGAAUUUACUUCGCCUCAGCCCCUGCCGAAUUUAUCAAAAGAUGAAUUUGACUUGAAUAAGUUGUUUAUAAAACCACAGACCAUCAGGAAUUUAAAUCAAGCUUGUGAAAAAGAAACUUCAGGCCUAACUGACUUACAAAAAGAGUUAUUAACAUUAUUCGCUACAUACCAUGAUGUCUAUUAUCCUGAGGAAAAUUUAGAAAAUCUUGAAGAAAUAAGAUUAGCUUAUUGCAUCCAUGCAAUAAACCAUGUAUUAAAAUCUAGAUUGAAAAUAAUCUACCACAAUUCUAAAAUGUCUAAACGUCCAGAUGUACCAGAAGAAUUCAGAGAUCAAGGGCUGGUCAGGCCUAAAGUUUUGAUUCUCUUACCAUUCCGGGAUUCUGCAUUGAAAGUUUUAAAAAUGUUGAUACAAACACUGCUAGGUGAGACUGGAAAUGUAAUGAACAGGAAACGGUUCCUCGAAGAAUAUUCUGACAAUGCGGCAGACGUGCCGGAUAAACAUCCGAAGCCGAUCGAUUAUCAACUUCUGUUCUCUGGUAAUACAGACGACAACUUCAAAAUUGGUAUAACUGUCACCAAGAAAUGUCUGAAGUUGUACUCUAAUUUUUAUGAGAGUGACAUAAUCAUUGCUUCGCCUCUCGGAUUGAGAAUUUUAAUUGGUGCUGAAGGCGAGAAGGAUAGAGAUUAUGAUUUUCUUUCUUCAAUCGAGUUGCUAAUCAUGGACCAGUCCCAAGUGUUUUUUAUGCAAAAUUGGGAACAUCUACUCCAUCUUUUAGAUCACCUUCAUUUACAGCCUAAAGAAUCCCAUGGGACUGAUCUGGCUAGAGUAAGAAUGUGGGCUUUAAACGGAUGGUCUAAAUAUUACAUGCAGAGCAUAAUUUUCUCUUCAAACCCUCUUCCGGUCAUUAACGCUCUUUAUAACAUACGCUGUAACAAUUACAAUGGUAAAAUUGCCGUUUCUAAUCCUGUAUUGUCAGGUUCUAUAAGCCAAGUCGCUCUAAGUGUACCUCAGAUUUUUCAUUAUGUAAAAUCAAGAACAGUCACUGAAUCUGUUGACGAUCGAUUUGAAGCUUUUAUUUCAGAUAUACUCCCACAGUUCAAAGAUGCGUCUAUGAAACACACGCUUAUAUAUAUUCCUUCAUACUUUGAUUUUGUGAGGCUCAGGAAUCACUUUAAAAGGCAAGAAAUGAAGUUUGUGCACAUCUGUGAAUACACCGAGAAAAAAAAGAUUAUUCGGGCAAGGAGCAUGUUUUUUCACGGAAAGACGCAGUUUAUGCUAUACACCGAAAGAUAUCAUUUUUAUAGGAGAAUUAAAUUAAGGGGAAUAAGGCAUUUGAUUUUUUAUCAACCUCCCUCUUUCCCGUCGUUUUACAGCGAAAUGUGCAACUUCUUGCAGGAUAUAAAAAAAGGCAAUGAAGAAGGAGAAACCGAGCUGACAAUCAAUGUGAUCUACACAAAAUUUGAUAUAUCUCAAGUCGCCGGUAUAGUAGGGACAGAAAGGGCUACUAGAAUGGUAGCAUCGGACAAACCGGUGCAUAUGCUAAUGACAGAUAGUUAAAUUUAUCUUUAAUUAUGUACAUAAUACUGUAUUGUAAAUAAUAA